GUCGGCAAACCAAUAAGAGUGUAUGAUCAUUCGAGGAGAACGAAGAGACCGUAAUACUAAUUGUAAGUGGAAAUACCAAAAACGUGGAAGAGUGAAGCAGAUAAAGUUCAUCGUUAACUACACACCGACGAAAUGAGCAAUAUAAUGAAAAUGUUAAUAAGCGGCGCUGCAAUUGUGGCGACCGUCAUAGUAGGAUAUAAAGUUAUUAAAUCUACGAUGAAAAGGAAUCUUCCCUUCCGCAAACAAAUAAGUGAAAAAAUACAACAAGAAAUAUGGCGCGAUAAUGACAUAGCUUAUCCUACUUUACGUAAUCCGCAUUGGAAAAAAAUUGGUAAAGUAAAUGGUUUAUUUAUUAGUCCAGUGAAAUCGAGUAAAAUGUUAUUGGCUUGUGAUUCAUUAGAUUUUCGUGAUUAUGGAAUGGGUACACGAAAAUACAAAACAUAUCUUUGGGACGGAAUGUUCAUAAUAUAUAACAAAACGAAAGAUAAAUUCGAAGAUAGCCGAACAUAUUCUUUAUUGGAAACAAUGAUAGCGGUAUCGGGACCGAACGACACUGGCGAAGUGAUGAUAACUGACAAGAAAAGGACCAGUGCAGUAACGUUUAAUACAAAGCAAUAUCGUAAUUCUUCCAAUCGUUUCAUAAAGGAGACAUGGAAUGGAACAAAGGCAUUUUAUGGUUCAAAUCGAGACAUUAAUACAUGGUUAAAAGAUAAGAUAAAAGCUAAUGACAUAAACGGGGCUGACGAAGAUAUAUAUUUGACACAAACCAUUCCGCAUGAUUGGGAUUCGACACGAGAAAUAAAAGACAAUUGGUUUCGCUUUGUUGAAGGGUAUAAAUCUGUUGAAAAAGAUGAAACGGGAAAAUUCAUAACUUUACCACAUUUUGUAUUAAUCACAAAACGAACGGGUAUACGAACGGGUAUACAAAUGCACAAAAAUAUAGAUAAAUCGCCAAAUAUUAUCGUUGAUAUUGACGAAUGGAUAAAUGUUUUUGAAGAGCAAAGCUGGGAUUGGAUAAAAAUCGGUAACGAUGUAAUUCUCAGAAAUGUCAAACCGAGCCAUGAGGGAGAGUUCCCACAUUUUAGAAUAAAUUGUGGUUUAUGGUCUGGUGGAAACGUCAAGGUGAAUGAUGAAGUAUUUAUUUACUCUCCUGAUAUAUAGCAGGUGUAAAACUAAUAUUCUUCAAACAUUUGACGUUUACUUGUCUUAAUAGUUUAAUGUUAAGGUUAACUUUAGUUUAUUGAUAGAGAUAAGUAUAGAUAAAUCGCUUUAGUGUUUUAUAUUUUAAUGACGAUUUUAAUGACGGAUUAUUUUAUACUUUUAUAUAUAGAACACUCUGAUAUUUUUGUAGAAAUAUGUUUUACUUGCUUGCAAAACAUUUUCCUCAGUGCUAGAUAUAUAAUUUAUCAUUUGUGAUUGAAUUUGAGACGGAUAUUAUAUAUGAUUUUGUGUAGUAAAUAAUAUUUGUAAAUUUAAUACAUGUACAAAUUAUUCAUGUAUAGAAGUGUUUAUAACAUUAUACAUAUUACGUGGCAUUGAUUACAGAACUAAAUUAGCCAAAAAUGUUGAAAAGUUGAUUUUAUUAUUUAUUUU